UUGUAAUGAAAGAUCAGUAGAAUCCAUGGUGCACGGAGGGGAAGCUGCGGAGUUCCCCCGCAUCAUGGAGGGUUUCACUGGGGGCUGAGGUUCGUCUAACUCUCAUCCAGCUGCUGCACAUCUGCUUCUCCUCUGGUGCUCGCGGAGAGAAGGAAACGGUUGAGAUGACUGUGUUUCCUGUUUGUUCACAUGGCACUUCCGAACAUUAGCUUAGCCCGACGGAGCAAGCUAAGCUAUCGGCCUGUUUGUUAGCGAUUUAGCUUCCGUUCAUUAAUCACUAUAUAUAUAUCGUAUUGUUAUGUCUGUGCUGUCAGUUGUCAAACACCCAUGAGAUGAACCGUCCGUUGACAACAGGCCGCGCACCGACGACCCGCCUCGGCUCACAACAAAGCUGCUAGCACGCGUGACCGCUAGCUUUAGCUUCAGCCGUCCAUGUGCGUGCGGAGCAGCGAUGAGGUGCGUGCGGGGGCUGCGGGGUUUCACAGCGACACUGAUCCACGUCUCCGCGGUGCUCCUGGUGUGGACCGGGGCUCCGCGGGCCGGGGAGGCGUGUGCGGCCGCGGGGGAGCAGCGGAGCACCAGCGCCGACGCCCUCCUGCUGUGCCGGGCGUGCGGACACGAGCUGGCGACCGGGGCGGACAUUCGCUCGGUCCCCAGCCGACUGGCGCUGUCCAGCCGCAACCACACGCUGCCCGGGGGCCGGCGGGUGGACGUGCAGCUCUUCGAGAACCCCCACGGGCACCGCUUCGAGGUGUUCACGUUCGGGAGGGCGGAUGUUGCUCAGCACUGGCCGGCGGACAGACACUUCUCCUGGUUCCCCGGGUUCUCGUGGACCGCGGCCACCUGUCCCCGGUGUCAGACCCAUCUAGGAUGGGCCUUCCAGCCGAGCGUCUGGCCCGACACCAUCACACAAUCUAAAUUUGAGGAGUCCGAUCAAACCUUCGUGGCUUUAAUCACCCACCGACUGCUAAGUGAAGACUUUGCUUCCAGCCUGCUAAUGACUCCCAAAUCCUUCACCAGCUGAUGGACUCUGACUGUUCAGUUAACCCAGGUGCCUUUUCUGUGACCUUUCCCUCAAAUAAAUGUCUAUACGCCUCCUUGGUUUGAAGACUCCCA